AUGGCCAAUUCUGAGACGGUGGUUGAGCGUGGGGGCAGCCAGCGGGCGCAGUCGCCCGUGUCCGGGUCCACGCUGUGCUUUGGCAUCGUGCCAGAGACACGCCGUGCCUUCGGUAAACACAGGCCCUGCUCUGCCGUAUCCAGCGCGGACUCCAGGUGGCCGCAGCGGCGGCAGAAUCAGCAUUUGGUCCGCGGCGGGUUCCAGCCGCGCCUUCCGACUUCGCUGCCGCCCCCAGGGCAGCAGCAGCAGCCGUCGCCGCUACCACGCCGACAGCCCGUCCCGUUGAUUCCUCCCGCGCAGCUUCAUCCGGGAGCGCCCCAGGUUGUCGCUCCGGCGCCUGCGGUCCCUCUUCCGCCGCCACCGCCUUCGGAGCUGAUGGACGUCGACCCCUCAGCCGGGCCGCCGUCCCAAGCGGUGGCUGUGCAGCCUGUCCUGCAGCCGCUUUCCUUGGGCACCCCCAAGGAGUCUGACACCGCAGCGCCUUGUCCGGCGCCCACUCAGCAGCCGUCGACGCAGCGUCAGGAGACGCUGCCUCUCUUCGUGGGUCCCGACGCCCCGUCGCGUCCAGUACCAGAAGCUGCGCCCGUGGUCACAGCUGAAACUAUCGCGCACCUCAUAUUUUGCUGCCAGCAGCAUCAGCACCUCAUUUCCAAGAUCAUUCCAUGA